AUGCCUCGUGUCGCAAAUAAGGCCCACCGUCGCUCAGGCGGCGGGAACUCUACCCCUCAGAAGAACGCGCCCAUCAGGAUUCCCCUCAACGAUGAUAUGGGCGAGAAAGCGGCGCGCAUGGAGGCCCGCCAAGCCCUCCACGACCGCCAGAUGAACCAGAUCAAGGCCGCAGUCAAGACGCCGAUGCCCGCCCGUCGAUAUCGCGAAGGAAGUGACGAUAGCCCCGCGACGCCUCGAGGAUCCAACCCUCGUGGUCGCGAAAGCGAUGUCAGUGGCCGGGGUGUGACGCCGAUGAAGCGCGUGCCCAUUCUGGCAAACUUUGAGGAAUGGAUGAAGAUGGCUACCGACAAUAAAAUUAAUGCAAACAAUUCCUGGAACUUCGCCCUGAUCGACUACUUCCACGACAUGUCGCUUUUGAAGGAAGGAGACGGCGUCAACUUCCAGAAGGCGAGUUGCACACUCGAUGGUUGUGUCAAGAUUUAUACCAGCCGUGUGGAUAGUGUUGCGACGGAGACGGGAAAGCUUUUGAGUGGCUUGGCCGACAGUCGCGAUAAGCGAGCCCGGGAUAAUGAGGCCGAGGGAGAGGACGGGGAUGAGGACGAGGAUGGUGAAGAGGGUGGAGGACGCAAGUCGCGCAAGAAGACACGAUCGCAUGAAGCCACACUCGCGCCGUCGUUCAACUCAUUACAACUUAAGAAAUUUGAACUGGAGUUUGCCGUUGAUCCUCUCUUCAAGAAGGCCUCCGCCGACUUCGACGAGGGUGGUGCCAAGGGCUUGCUCCUCAACCAUCUCGCUAUCGACGGACAUGGAAGAAUCGUGUUCGACAGCAGUGAUGAUGCAGUUGAUGAUAGCUCAAGACCUGCUGAAGGCGAUGGUGAUCGCCAGGAGUCUGCGGACCCAGAAUCACAAGACGAGGAAAAACCAAAACCUACCCAACAGGCUACCGAUACCUUUGAUGACGACUCCGACAUUGACCUCGCCACCCUGGCUAAUCAGUUCUUCCCGGAUCUCGAUCGUCUGGGCGAGCAGGAUAUCUGCCCCUCAUUGAAGAACUUUGAUCUUGGUGACCCUAGUGGAAACCUUGAUAUCCCUCUCCUCAAGGCUCCCGAGGAUUGGAGGCAUGAGAAGGCUGAUGAGGGUGAGGGUGCUCAAGAAGACCCGUCUGGUAUUAUGCUCGACGAUGACAAUGCUGUCGGCUUUGAUGACGAUGAUCUGGGUGGCUUUGACAUGAGUGGUGAUGCUGGCUUCGGCGACGGUGGAGAGGUCUGGGCACGAGAGGCCGCCUUGGAGCCCAUGCUCAAAGUUCACCGACUUGACCACGACGGUCAGGAUGCUGAUGGCGAUGAAGAAAUGGUUGACGAGGAUGCCUUCGCUAUCUCCAUGUCUCAUCAACCUAGCAAACAAGACCAUGAGAGCAUACUCAGUUACUUCGACAACGCUCUCCAGAAGAAUUGGGCUGGUCCCGAACAUUGGAAGAUCCGAAGGAUCAAAGAUACGACAGCCGCCAGGGACACGAGUUCGGCACCCAAGCAGCGCAAGGAGAAGGAGCCAUUCGAAAUUGAUUUCUCUGCACCACUUGAUCCUGCAAUUGCCGACCUCAUCUACACCCCUGCCAGUUCCAACUCUGCGAUCUCCGUCCCGAAGACUCAGUGGAAGACUAAGGGUCGUAAUCUGCUACCCGAUGACAAGCAUUUCAACUCUAAGAGCUUGCUUAGUUUAUUCCUGAAGCCCAAGGCCCGCAUGGGAUCAAGGAAACUCUUGGGUCGGAGAACACUAAAGGCCGGACCUGAACAGGUAUCCGGGCACGGCGAUAUGGACGAGGCAUUCUGGGCAAACCACAAAACGGAAGAUACCAGCGCUGAAGAGGGCGUUGGUGGUGCUUAUGAUGCCAAUUUCUUUGCUGACGACGAUGGUCUUGCUUUCCCGAAUGGCAUGGACCUUGAUGACGAUGAUGAUAACUUGCCAUUUGCAGAUGCGCGAGAGAUGUUGUCACCGGCAGCCGAGGGCCGUCCAGGAACUGCCGUCGGGAAUGCCACCGGCAUCACCGCUUUGUUGAAUAUGGUCGGUGCAACUCCUGGCCGUCCUGGUGCAGGCGGAUAUGGAUCCCAGCUUGUGACGCAAGGUGGACGCCGUGCACGACCAGAUUAUGUCAACUACGCUCGCGUAGCAAAGAAGGUGGAUGUCCGACGACUAAAGGUCGAAAUGUGGAAGGGCAUGGGUGAACGUCUGGUGUCUGCCUCAGAAUCCAGCUCUGCUUCACAGCCAGGAGCUGUGUCCAGUGACCCUCCAGCUGAACCUGACAGUGAGGCUGAUGAACCGGUCCCGCCAACUCCUCAAUCGAGCAGUCCCGCCAAGGCCCACGACUCCGACAAGGAUGGUCGUCUACGCUUCACGCAUAUCAUGAAUAGUUUGAAGACUGUCUAUCCCGCCGAGAUGUUGCGCGACAUUAGCACAUCAUUCGGUUUCAUUUGCCUACUCCAUCUGGCCAAUGAACAGGGCCUCGUUCUGGAGAGUGACAUGGACCAGAUAGCCAACGGCGCCAUCAGCCUGGAGGAGAUAUUUGUCAGUCGUGAUGCCCACGCCAUCAUCGAAGAGGGAGGAAUGUGA